AUGUCGGUUUUAGUUGACUCCAUCUACGGCAAGGACAAUGUCAAGUUCUUGAAAAUCAAACGAGACCCAUCCAACCCCAAGAUCCAAGAUGUCAUCGAGGUCACUGUGAAGGUGCUUCUCAAAGGUGCCUUUGAUGUCUCCUACACAAAGGCUGAUAAUUCUCCAAUUGUGCCCACAGAUACUGUCAAAAACACCAUAUUGAUCAAGGCCAGAACAGAGGACCCCUUCUUGGUCGAAAACUUUGCUAACAUCUUGGCUUCUCAUUUCCUCGCCAAAUACGAUCAUAUCUCCAGUGUCGACGUCGAUAUUAUCCAGCUCCGAUGGUCAAAAUACUUGGUCAACGAUAAAUUCCACGACCACUCCUUCAUCAAAGAUGGUGACGAGAAGAGAAUCUGCCAUUUAUUCAGAUCCAGAGUCGGCGACUUCAAAUUGACCUCAGGCAUCAAGGACCUCACUUUGUUGAAGUCCACUGGCUCCAUGUUUUACGGCUACAACAAGUGUGACUACACCACCUUGAAACCAACCAACGACAGAAUCCUUUCAACUGACGUUGAUGCCUCCUGGGUUUGGUCAAACCAAAUCACCUCCUCAAAUAUCUCAGAUCUAUCCAACAAUGGUCUAUUCGACAAAACAUAUGCCUCUGCAAGAAAGAUAACUCUAGAUUUGUUUGCAACUCAAAAUUCUCCAUCUGUUCAAGCUACAAUGUAUGAUAUGGCCUCUGAAAUCUUGAAAACUUCCUCAAAGAUUAAAUCUGUUACUUACACUCUCCCAAAUAAACAUUACUUCCUAAUGGAUUUUUCCUGGUUCAAUAACUUAAAAAAUGAUGAGGUUUUCUACCCUUCUCCACAUCCAAAUGGCUUGAUCAAUUGUACUGUCACUAGAGAUCCAAAAUCAAAAUUAUAA